AUUUGUUUAUGUUUAUUUUGAAUAAUGGAAGUUAGUAAUAAGAACCCUAAUUAAAAAAAAUCUAAAAUGUAGAGUUUGGGCGAGGAUUGAAUGAAUGGGUUGUUGUUGUGGUUGGGGUAUGUUACGUUUCCAUGGCAUUAGUAGCAGUAGUAGUGCUGCUCUUUCUUCACUAAUGUUACCACUCUCACUCUCACUCUCACUCUUUCAUUCUUCUUCUCUUCAAUUCUCUUCCAAUUCCCACUCUUCUUCUUCUUCUUCUUUUUCCUCCCAAGUAGUUGUUGCACUACAAGACCAACAACAACAAAAGCCACAACUACGAAGCUCACAACUCGUCGCUUUGGAAUAUGCUGACCUUAACCUCUCUUACAACUUGGAUCUAGGUCAUGUCAGGAUAAGGCAACAUGUUAAUCCCCUCAGUUCUUCUUUCGCUGCUCCAGCACAAGUACCAGACUGGAACCAAGUCUUUGCAGACCCUGCAUUGCCUCUCAUGGUUGAUAUUGGAUGUGGCAGUGGAAGGUUUCUUAUGUGGCUUGCAAAAAGAACACCUAAAGUGAGAAAUUAUUUGGGGUUGGAAAUACGGCAAAAGAUGGUCAAGCGUGCUGAGGUAUGGGUAAAAGACCUGGCUCUGGAUAACAUACAUUUCUUGUUUGCAAAUGCCCCAAUUUCUUUCAAGCUGUUGGUAGAAUCAUAUCCUGGGCCUUUGCAAUUAGUUUCAAUUUUGUGUCCAGACCCUCAUUUCAAGAAAAAAUAUCAUAAAAGAAGAGUUUUGCAGAAGCCUUUGGUUGGUGCUAUUUUAGAUAAUUUAACUCCUGGAGGACAGGUGUUCAUACAGUCUGAUGUUCUUGAAGUGGCACAAGACAUGAGAAAUCAGCUUGAUGAAGUUGAUGCUCUUGGACACAUUGAUGAUUUGAACCCUAAGUUGUGUGAUAGUGAAGGAUGGUUAUUAAGCAACCCUAUGGGAAUCAGGACUGAGAGAGAGAUUCAUGCAGAAUCCGAAGGAGCAAAAAUCUAUCGAAGGUUGUACCAGAAGAAGAUGUUGACUGAUUUGUCAAAGUAUACAUGCUCUUAGAAUGCUUACCAGUAUUUUAUCUCUUGUGGCAAGAUAUUAAUUUCUCUUAUUUUUCUUAUAGUGAGUUCUGUAUUUCGAAAUAAUUAUUUAUUUGUAACUUAAGAAAGAAAAAACUAAUAAAUUUGUGAGAACGUAGAGAAUGAGUUUAUGGAAAAGAUUAUUUGAUUUUUUUUCUUC